UUCCUCCUCCUCACCUUUACUUCCACCGCCAGGCGACAAGUCAAAAACCUUCUCACGCUUCAAAUCAAUCUCCGUUUGAUCCGAAAACAAAAAACUCUUGUAUUUCAGUGUAAAGCGGCAUUGUAACUCGUUUGUUGUGCAGAUGUAACAUGGACAUCGGAGAAUUAUUAUCCUAUAAGCCCCCGAGCACUCCAAAACGUCCAGCAGCUGGUGAUGACGAUGACGACGAUGAUUGGGACACCAAGAAGAUUAGAAAGGUCAUCAAGACCCCUUAUCAUCCACGUCAAAGGUACCCCAGCAGGGAUGUUGAGACCACCCCUCAACGACACCCAGCUGAACCCUCUCCAGAGGUCAGAGCCCCGGCUUCAGUUUCCAGUAAUGAUAUCAUGGAGCCAGAGCUGACAGAUCGGGAGAAAGAAGAGAUCCUGAGGUACGUACAGACCGAGGCACCUGAGGUCGAGGCUCUUGAUGAAGCCACUUUGAAGAGGAUGGUUUUGCUGUUCGAGAAGAGAGCUUUGAGGAACCAGGAGAUGAGGGUUAAGUUUCCAGAUCAACCAGAAAAGUUUAUGGAAUCCGAGGUAGAGCUCCACGAGACCCUCCAAGAGCUGCACGUAGUUGCUACGAAUCCCGAAUUAUACCCUCUGAUGGUCGAACUUGGUGCAGUUCCUUCAUUACUCGAGUUAUUGUCUCAUGAGAAUACAGAUAUUGCCGUUGGAGUCGUUGAUCUCAUUCAGGAAUUAUCGGACGUGGAUAUUCUUCAUGAGAGUCAGGACGGCGCUGAUGCCUUAAUCGAUGCUCUCCUCGAGCAGCAAGUGUGUGCACUGUUGGUACAGAAUCUAGACAGACUUGAUGAGUCUGUGAAAGAGGAGAGUGAUGGAGUUUUCAACACUUUAGCUAUUUUUGAAAAUUUACUGGAGUUCAGACCCGAGUUAUGCAUCGAUGCUGGCAAACAAGGGCUUCUGCAGUGGCUUCUGAGGAGGAUCAAAGCCAAAAUGCCUUUUGAUGCCAAUAAACUUUAUGCCAGUGAGUUGUUAUCAAUUCUCCUGCAAAAUACACCGGAGAAUAAAUUGGUUCUUGGGGAUCUCGAUGGUAUUGAUGUUUUACUACAACAGUUAGCUUAUUAUAAGAGACACGAUCCCCAGACAGCGGAAGAACAGGAAAUGAUGGAGAAUCUCUUCAACGUUCUCUGCUCAAGUUUAAUGGCGACAGUGAAUCGCGAUCGUUUUCUCCGAGGUGAGGGCCUCCAACUGAUGAACUUGAUGUUACGAGAGAAGAAAAUGUCCAGGAAUGGCUCCCUGAAAGUCCUGGACCACGCGAUGAAUGGUCCAGAGGGCAAGGACAAUUGCAUGAAGUUCGUCGACAUUCUGGGUCUUCGUACCAUUUUUCCCCUCUUCAUGAAGACCCCAACGAAGAACAGGAAGAAGGUAUUCACAGCUGAGGAGCAUGAGGAGCAUGUUGUGUCGAUAAUAGCGAGCAUGCUGAGGAAUUGCAAGGGCCAACAACGUCAAAGGCUCCUCAGUAAAUUUACGGAGAAUGAUUACGAAAAGGUAGACAGGCUCAUGGAGCUGCACUUUAAGUAUCUGGAGAAGGUCGAGGAAGUGGAGAAGAAUGCUAAGGAGGAGGAUGAUGGCGAGGAAUCAUAUCUCAAGAGACUCGAAGGGGGACUUUUUACGCUGCAAUUAGUCGACUUUGUUUUGUUGGAAGCAUGCACGGGCUGUCCUCCAGCUGUUAAGCAGAGAGUCACUAGGAUAUUGUCCCAAAGACGGGCUUCGUUGAAGACCAUUCGACAUAUUAUGAGAGAAUACGCUGGAAAUUUGGGAGAUGCUGGAGACACCGAGUGGCGAGAGGCUGAGCAGCAACACAUUCUCCAGCUCAUCGAUAAGUUUUAAUGCGUGGUCUCACCGAUAAAUUAAUUAUCUCAAUUUUGAUACCAAUAAUUCAAUGAAUUUAAUGAAACAACGACUCCAUCAGUGUAUUAUCUCUAUACAUCCUAUGAGGCUCUCAAUAAAGUUUUUUGUAAUGUUUUCUAGAAUUAUUAUAAACAUUUUAUCUAAAAGCUUAAUAAAUCAGUAAAAUAAUAUGCCACUAAAAA